CAGGGCUUACUUCUGGGUUAGGUUGACGUUGCGGAACUUAUUGUAUCUUGUUACUUUUAAGAAAAUAAUUCAGUUAUGUGACUCAUGCAUGAUCUUGUGGGGAAAAAAUAUUGGCGGCUGUGAAUAAAGAUCGAAAACGGGGGUGAUAUAGGGUUUAGGGUAUUUUUUUUUGACAAAUCCUGUCUGGAAGGUAUUUGAGACAAGAAGAAAGCUGUUGGAUCUGGAAUUGGAAAACCAAUUAGAUAGGAAGACAUGGCAUUCCGCAGGGCAGCAAAGAGAACCAUUCUUCUUGGAGGAGGCGCAGUUGCUGCAAUUUAUGGUGUCUCCCAGCUUUCUGCGUACAAGAAACAGACACAGCAUAUUUUUGUGGAUGCUGCAGAACCAUUAAAAUUACUUCAUCUCGAUGAGCUUCCUUCAAGAGAAUCUCAGUUGUGUGCUCUUCAGAAUACAAAGGAAUUUGAUGUGCUUGUUGUUGGAGGCGGGGCAACAGGUUCAGGUUGUGCCUUGGAUGCGGUCACAAGAAAUCUUAAAACAGCCCUGGUGGAGCGGGAUGAUUUCUCAUCAGGUACAAGCAGCAGAAGUACCAAACUCAUUCACGGAGGAGUAAGAUAUCUACAGAAAGCCAUUAUGAAAUUAGAUUACGAACAGUACAUGAUGGUAAAAGAAGCCCUUCAUGAACGUUCUAAUCUUCUGGAUAUAGCUCCUCAUUUGUCAGCACCGUUACCCAUUAUGCUUCCUGUUUACAAGUGGUGGCAGUUACCAUAUUACUGGGCUGGUAUAAAGAUGUAUGAUCUUGUGGCAGGAGGUCAGUGUUUGAAGAGCAGCUAUGUCCUCAGCAAAGCAAAAGCCCUUGAACUUUUCCCCAUGCUAAAGAAAGACAAGCUUGUGGGAGCUAUUGUCUAUUAUGAUGGAAAACACAAUGAUGCACGAAUGAACCUCGCCAUCGCCCUCACUGCUGCCAGGUAUGGUGCUGCCACAGCCAAUUACACUGAAGUAGUGCGUCUACUAAAGAAGACAGAUCCUGAAACUGGAACAGAGCAGGUCUGUGGAGCCCGAUGCAAAGAUGUUAUAACAGGGAAGGAAUUUGAUGUCAGAGCAAAAUGUGUUAUCAAUGCCACGGGACCUUUCACAGACUCGGUGCGGAAAAUGGAUGAUGAGAAAAUCUCUAACAUCUGUCAGCCCAGCGCUGGUGUGCACAUCGUCAUUCCUGGUUAUUACAGCCCUGACAACAUGGGACUGCUGGACCCAUCCACUAGUGAUGGAAGGGUUAUCUUCUUUCUACCGUGGGAGAAAAUGACUAUUGCUGGGACCACUGACUCUCCUACUGAUGUUACUCCACAUCCAAUGCCUAGAGAAGAGGAUGUUAAUUUUAUUCUGAAUGAAAUCCGCAACUACCUGAGCCCUGAUGUUGAAGUGAGAAGAGGGGAUGUCUUGGCAGCAUGGAGUGGAAUUCGUCCUCUAGUCACUGAUCCAAACUCCAAGGAUACCCAGUCCAUUUGUCGUAAUCACAUAGUGAAUAUCAGUGAAAGUGGACUUGUUACAAUAGCUGGUGGAAAAUGGACAACGUAUAGGGCAAUGGCAGAGGAAACAUUAGAUUCAGCCAUGAAGGCACACAAAAUGAAGUCCAGUAAAUGUAACACAGUUGGCCUGAUGCUUGAGGGAGGAAAAGACUGGACACCUACUUUGUACAUCCGUUUGGUGCAGGACUAUGGCCUGGAGAUGGAGGUUGCUCAGCAUCUUGCUUCGACAUAUGGUGAUAAGGCCUUUGAUGUAGCCAAACUGGCUAAGGUGACUGGAAAGAGGUGGCCUGUAGUUGGAAAACGAUUGGUGUCAGAGUUUCCUUACAUUGAAAGUGAGGUUCAAUAUGCAGUCAAAGAAUAUGCCUGCACUGCCAUAGAUAUUAUUGCACGCCGUACUCGGCUUGGUUUCCUAAACGUUCAAGCCGCUGAAGAAGCACUACCAAGAAUCGUGGAAAUAAUGGGCAAGGAACUGAAGUGGAGUGAGCACAAGAAAAAGGAAGAACUUGAAGCAGCUAAACAGUUCCUUUAUUAUGAAAUGGGCUCUAAGACACGUUCAGAGCAACUUACUAACACUGAAAUCAACCUUACACCUGCUGAUGUAGACAGGUAUAAAAACAGAUUUCACAAAUUUGACAAACAAAAGAAGGGAUUCAUUACAGUAGUGGAUGUUAAACAUGUAUUAGAGAGCAUAAGUGUCCAGAUUGAUGAAAACACACUCCAUGAUAUUCUAAAUGAAGUUGACCUGAACAAAAAUGGACAGGUUGAAUUCAAUGAAUUCUUGCAGCUUAUGAGUGCUGUCCAGAAAGGUCGCGUUUCUGGUAGCAGAUUUGCUAUGCUGAUGAAAACAGCUGAGGAGAACCUGGAUGAGAGAGAAGCUGUGUCUGUGGACCGCAGUGGUGGAGGAGUUUAAGUUAUAAAGUGCCAACUGAGCCCUUGAGGUCCAAAAAAUGCAAAUCUGCAGCUGCUGCUCCUGUUUACUGCCAGUUAUCCAAAACUUACUGAGUGGAGUGGGGGGCUUUACUAAAAAAAAUAAAAAAUAAAAUACACCCAAUAAACUUUUUCAGCAGUGAAUUUCCUUAUAGGCAUUCAUUACAACAGAAUGUACUACUUUACUAUUUUUUUGUUUCUCUUCUUGAAAAUAAAUUAUUCUUGUCCAGUGUCUGAAGUAAAACUAUAAUUGAAAUAUAUUAUAUAUAUAUAUAUAUAUAUAUAUAUAUAUAUAUAUAUAUAUAUAUAUAUAUAUAUUAUAUUAUUUAUUUUUUUUGUCAAAAUGGAUGUCAAGCUUGACAUAAAGUUUUAGUGUAGUUAGUAAGCAUCUAUAUUAAGAUCCACUGCCAUUUAGAUCAUUGAUUAGACCCCUUAGUCUCUUUUAUAGUUUUACUUCCGAAUUGAUGAUUUGGUUUAUGAUUGUCUGUUGUGUCAGUGUUCUGCCAGAGUAUGCCGUAAACGUUUUUAAUAUUUAAUCUUUUAAUGGACCAUUGUUUUGUUUGUUUUUUUUACCUCCUUUAUUUGCACAUUUUUAUUCCAACUUAAAAAAUAUGCUUCCUACAUAUUAAGCAUUUGUGACUAUUAAAGUACACAGAUGUGUAUGUGCUUGUCUUACAAUGAUUUACUUUUGAACUAUCCUUUGCAGUGUUGUGUUCAGUCUUGUAUACUGUACUGCUGUGCCAUUUUGUACCAAUUUAAGACAGUAAGUAAUUAUUUUUAUAUCAAUUUGUGUACACUCUUUUGGUAAAUCGAAUGUAUUUUCAGACAAGUAGGUCUGCUGUUUAAAUUACAGUAAUUUUUUUCAUACUUUGUCAGCAUCUUAAAAUAUCAGUUGAUUUUUAUUCAGUCAUUUUUGUCUCGAUUUUCUUGAUAAAAAAAACACUACUAAAUGCAAGUAAAAUGAGGCACACCAACAGAAUGUAUAUCGGAAUAUUCUGAACAAUUACGGGUGUAUGGGAAGUGUUUUUUUUUUUUUUUUUAAUCUAAUUUUAUUUUAUUAUGCUGAAUGGGAUUAAAAAUGGUGUCUGCGACAUGGUUUUAAUUUCUGUAUCUGUCUUUGCACUUGGUGCUUUUAUUACUAUUAAUUUAUUACUUUGUGGUAAGCCGAGUGAGCUGCUUGCAUUUAUAGAGUAAUAAGGGAAUGUAUUUAAUGUGCCUUGCUUACAAACUCUGUAUGAAUUGAGAGCAUGAAUCAAUAUUACUGAUUAAACUGUACACUCACUGGUUUUUAGCAUGCUUAAUUUCACUGUCUCUAUAAAUAAUAUAAUUAUUGUCUCAUGUAGACUUUUAAAAUAAAGUUUUCAUACAUUUGCUUCA